UUACAAGUAAUGCUAUGCAGGUAUUAAGGUAUAUAAUGUAACCGUUUACAACAGUUACUGCGGAAGCAUAGAGCUGAUAGACGUAUUUAAUGUAGCUUACAUGAAAACACGUAAUAAAUUAAUAAAAUUGACCUGAACGGAAUUACCUGAUAUUCGUGCUCCUCUCGGAUUAUUAAGUAUCUGAUUGACCUUUUACUUUAACUAUUAUUUAAGAUGGGUGACAUUUGGAUUAAUUAGACCUAAAACUAAACACUCAAAUUAAAAGGGAGGAACUUGUGGCAAUCGGAUAACAUGAGCUUAAGACAUGAUAACGUUGAGAGAAGGUAAAUUGAAUUGAUGGAAUAGAUAUUUCACACCCACGGAUAGCUGUUUGGAUAUAUUUCAAAUACAAUAAGAUAUAUCUAAUGUGAUAAACGGGCAGUUCUUGAAAUUAUUUCUCAGCACAGACUUUAUUCUACUACUGAAUUUUGGAAAACUUAUGAUUAAGCGAAAGGUUGUGCAUGUAGACGAUAAAAUCCGUUCAGAACAUAGCUGAUGUGAUACCACUGGAAUUUCCUUAAAAACUAGUGAUCAGGCGACCAGUGCUCAAGAGCCUAAUUUAAAGUUUAAUGAUCAUGCCAGCAAAUGAUUAAAGCGUGCUGUCGUAGUAAAGCCAAUUUUAGAAGCACCUGUUUCGCUACUGGAUUGUUUUCGGAAACCUAAUGAUUAAGCGACAAGUUGUAUAGGCAAAUGAUUAAUCCUGCACUCAACGUAGUAAGUUGGAAAAGCCUCUAUGUUACUAGUGGAUUUUCUCGGAAAACUAAUGAUCAAGCGACCAAUUGUAACCUCAGCGUGUAAUGGGAGAUGGAGAAAGAGAAGAUCUAGUGCUGUAAGGACCUUGGUUGCCGAGACACUAGUUCUUGCAAAGACGCAUGGUUACGUGGAGAAAAUCGAAGAUGAGCUGGAACGGGAAUUACAGAGAGAUUUUAGUGAUCCACCUGAAGAGAAAUUGCUACGAUGGCGCCGGACGGGGGACAAGAUCUUUAAGAGUAAACAUGUUCUGCUCACUGUAGUUAUACUCUGUAUAGUCGAUUGUGCCUUGGUGUUAGGUGAACUCGCCCUCGAUCUCUAUAAAGUCAAAGCAACACUCGAAGACUCGGAAACACUUAAGUCGGCCACAGAGACCUUUAUGGUGGAACUGACCGCUAUCCAUCCAGUGAUAAACGACAAGAGUCCAUUCGACAUUUUUGCAAUGCUUCUUGGUUCCACUGUGAUCUGGAAUACGUCUGAAAACUAUACCUCAAGUGCAAAUAUUUCAGCGGAACAAGUUGUACUUUGUUCAGCAGAAAACAUGUCGUCGUCUAUUUUAUCAUUUCCGAAUAUUGUCAAGAACACGUCUCAAUUGUUAGCCGGAGAUACAACGACUCAUUCAAAAUAUGAUGUUGAAAUUAUUGGAGAAAUUGCUCAUAUAUUUCAUUAUUGCAGUAUCGCAAUUUUAGCUGUGAUUAUGAUUGAAACUUUUUUGAAGGCAGUUUGUGCCGGAAGGUCCUUUUUCCACCGAAAAAUUGAGGUAUUCGAUGCGUUUGUAGUUGUGAUGUCAUUUCUCAUGGAUUUUACGUUCCUCGUCUUCCUACAUGAAAUAGACACGAAGGAUUUUGUGUUUAUACUCGCAAUUCUUCUCCCAUGGAGAGUCAUACGUGUUGUAAAUAGUCUUAUUGUAUCCGUAAAAGAUCACGAACAUUUCCGUCUGAAGCUGGUCUACAAGAGGAAGAAGAAAAUCCAGGGAACUCUCAGGGAUACAGAAGCUUUGCUCCAAAAGUAUAUGAACCAAAGCACUGUUUUACAACGUCUAUGCAUAAUGGAGGGUAUCGAGGAAUGGAAACUAGACACUUACCUAAAAAGUGAGGAAUCUGUCCCACCCACACCGGUAAAGAAGAAGUUUAAGUUCAAAUUCGACGACUCUAAAUUUCACAUGCAAGGUCAUAAUCGAGGGAAACGAUGCUCAAUGCCAAGCUUAGACUUUCAUGCAUUAAAAUUGCCUUCAAGUCAUUCUAAAUCGAAGAUGUCUUUGCCUUCAGUCGCACAGUCUAUUAAAAAUCACAUAUCAAAGAAUCUCCCGUCUAGAAGAACUUCUCUUGCUGCAACUGAAAUGUAUAAUGCGAAAAUGUCAAACGGGGACCUCCGCAGACGAAAACUCGCGGGAUCUGGUGAUCUAUGCACUAUGCACGAAGAAGAUUCAGAACACGAGGAUUCUAUAGCGUCGUCAGGUGCUACUUCUGAAUCUGGUGACGUUUUUAGUCGUAUAUCAGUCUCGGAAUCAAUCGGUAGUGAUCGGAUGUUUGGUGAUACCAAAAGCCUCAGCAGGAAUAAUUCAGAAAGUAUUGAAGAUGAGAGACUGAAACUUGCAAAAAUUCAAGAGGAGGCUAAACGCAGACACUCUGAAUCAACAAUUGAUAAGAAUAAAGUUUCCUCCGUGGAUUUUCAUGACCUUGCCGAUAUCAUUGCCUUUAAAACACCUGGUGGCAAAAAUAUCACUAAAAGAAAAUUCUAUCCAAACUGUGAUAGCAAAAGUGCAAUAAAAGCUAAACAUAGUGAGACAAAUCAUUCUGAUUACCGUUCUGCAGAUAAUAAAGCAGACGUCAAACUCAGUGUAGGUGUUGUUGAUUCUGAAAAAGAUGAUAUAAACACACUACCGUGUAGUAAACUAUCUACUGAGGAUUUAUCUGAAAACAAUAAUGAAGCUGUAAAGGAUAGAGAAAAUGGUCACAGUGACGCGAAAAAAUCAGAUGAUGAUGCAAGUGACGAUGCAAAUGACUUUAUCUGCACCCCACAUGAUGUUAUUCAUAUGGAAAAUGAGAUUCAAAACGGGACAAUUAAAAGGAAAUGAUAAAAUAUUUUUAAUUGUUUAACAAUGCUCAGUUAGUUUAAAUAAUGUCCACAAAGAUAUUCUUAUUUUACUAUGUAGUUACGUUUACUGUUUUGUAAUUUAGCGUUAUCUCACAGCAAUACUUUCAUGUUUAAAGCACACCGAAGUUUAAACUCAGAUUUAUUAAACGAAAAGAUUAAAAAGAAAUGUUAAAUAAUGUUGCGUUUCACCCAAAGUGAAUAUUACACCAAUGUGUUAGAACCGUGUCUCGGACCGUUUAACUAUUGUUAAACUAAAUACUGUUUAAUUUAGAUAUUAAAGAAAAAAAAUGAAAAUAUAGAUACCACAUUUGAAUAUAAAAUUGAUAAUUGUAUUAAAGAGAAUUUACUCCAACAUUCCCUUUAAACAGUCGGCUUUACUAAUAAAGUUAAUUCACAUAUUAGUAGAUAUCAGUCAUGACAAUAAUUUUGAUAUCUUUUAUCACAUAUGUAAGACGUAAUGCACUAAUAUAUGAAAUGCCAAAAUUUAAAACUCGUAUUUAAACAAACGUUUCAAAGUAGACGUGUGCAGUCUCGGACCAAAUUCGUUAGUUGAGAAAAUAUUGAAUUGUUAAUGCUGUUUGUAAUUAAUACAUUUCGAAACAUUGGCAGUAAGCUUUCGGAACAAUUAAUCUGUUUUACAAAAUUAGUCAAAAAAUAAGUUAAAGAAAACUAUGUUUUCCCUAACUAAACUUCUUAGAAUAGUCGACGACGUGUAUUAUGCUUACGAAAAUACAUUUUCGUGUUUUAUGUCUUAAGAUUAGUUAACGAACUGUGUGUUUUAAGGUUCUACUCUAAUAUAAUGGUCACGGAAUAAUUAAUUCUAUGGGCUAUUCAAUUUUGUUCGUAAAAUUAUAUCCAGCACGCGUCGGUACAGAUGCUUAUGUAGCCGUGAAUUUUGGAUAAAAACCGAACUAUCCGAGAUAUAUUUCAAGACUAGCCGAUCACUGAAACAAUUAACUGUGAAUCUGUUACUUAAAGUAAUAAGACGUGUCCAAUAAACCAGGUUACCGUAACACUUGUUGACGGUUUUCCUUUAAGUACUGAAGUAAACUUCAAACAUUCACGUAAUACUGUUAUCAAUUGAAAGGAGUUCAAAUUAAUAUUAGAUAUUAUAUCAUCGUAAAGUCUCUCAAGACGACAGACGAAGGAAAUGUAUUUCCGAAGAAUGCAUUCUUCAUAUAAACAUUAUUUGUUUGUGUACGAGUAGUUAACUGAAAAUUGUCCACUGAGGAACUGUGGAGGCAGUACUGUUCUAUAAACAAAUAUUGAAAUAAAUAAUGAUCUCGUGCUCGUAUGCGUGCGCGAACACGCUUCAAGUCUUAUACCGGGGUAUAUUAGAUAACAUGCAACUGGCUUCUACAUAUAUUUAUACUAUACAAGUAAAUGUUGUGUAAUGUGCAUGUCUGAUGUAUUUAUUAAACGUGUCUCAUUUUCGUUCGUUACAAAUAUUAAUUUUUUCCAUUAUUUAUGUAUACUUUUUAUUUAUACUUAUUUCUGGUUUUGUGUAUAUUUGCAUGUAUAAUUUGCAUUCUGUUGACAGUCGAAAAGUCUUUUGUUUGAGAGAAAACAUAACGUUAACAGUACAUUAAUUUGAAGUAUAAAACUGCUGGUCAGUUUUGUAAAAGGAUCGCUAUGCCUAUACGACAUAUAACUGCAAAAUGUUAUUAUAUAAAGUAUAUUUUGAAUAACAUAUGUUGUUAGAAUUUUGUCAGUGAAUUUAUGUAAAGAGUAUCUAGUCAAAAUGUUGCUUUUUUGUAUUUGAUAUAUAUAUCACAGAGUGAUUCCUUGUAACAGAUAUUGCAAUGGACGAAAUUUAAACACAUUUUUCAAAUUCCAUUUACUUGCUCAAAAUAGUAUUGCCAGACCACGUGACACGGAAAAGAAACAGAAGCUCUAUAGUUUAAUAUUGUAUUUACAGUGUGAAAAUGUUUGAUAUUCUAUUUUAAGCAGUACAAAUCAAUAAAUCUUAAUUAAAAAGCAAAUUUGAAAAGUCCUAUAAAAGAGUGAAUAAUAAAUACAUCAGCGUUUCCUUUUCUUAGUUUAUAAUUCAAACUGAAAACAUUAACUGUAGUUAAAUAUUGCGAUUUUGUAAGUUCUAAUGAAUUUAAAGUGUCUUAACUGAAAACAUAUAACGUACAGUUUUUGUAAAUGUAAAGAAAUUCAAAGGACUUUAUUUUAAACCUAACUGUUUAUUCAGGUUGUUUUAAACAGAUUUGCCAGAUAAAUGUUGUCGAUAUUCUGUUGAGUAUUUAAUCAGCUACGUUUAUACCAAAUGAAACAAUCGGCCGUAAGACGUUACGAAAGUGGCUGAAACAGUUGAAUUAAUAAAUUGAUAAAUAUUAAAAUGAAUAAUUGACCGAUGUUUUAAAAUGUAAAUGUUAAGAACGGCGAUCGUUUUAUCAAGACAAAUAUGUUGCUUUGAUUAAAAUAGAAAUCACUAACGACUGGUUUUUAUAUUAUUUUGAUUUUGCUUUGUUUGAUAUUGUUAUUCAUGUUUGUAGAUCUUAAACCAUGCUUUUUUUUAUCAGAAUCUGUCUCAUGUUUAUAGUUUUUCCAUUGACAAUAUGUUAUACAUUAUGUGCUGAAUAAUUCAUUAUGCUAUAAAUCGGUUGCUGGUAAAACCCUCCAGAACGAAUUGAUCAGUUGAUUGUCUUUGCUUUCAUAUAUAAAAUACUAAAGUUGUCAUUUAAAAUUGAAUGUGAUAGUGUCAACCUAGUUGAAGUUAAUAAUUAUUGAAAUCAUUUUGUCCACUUGGACGUUAGUCGUACAUCCUAAAAGUUUAAUAAAUGAUUUAGAAAUAAAUUCACAAGUACAAAUGUUUAUUAUAUUUUGAUAUUUGACAUUUUCAGAUGAGCUCAUUUACAGAUCAACCUAUGGUUUUUUCUUUGCUUCUAAAAUUGCAAUAUUUCUGUAAGAGAAAACAGUAAAAUGAAAUUAUAAGAAUCAAAACAGUGAGACGUUUGUUGAUUUUUAACAAAACGUUAUUUUCCUACAUGAUUCUUUUAACGUGAAUUCCCUAACCUUACAUAUGUAAACCUAUCAUUGUUUUUGAUAAAUUAAUUUUUUUGGUGUUCAAUAAAUAAUAUGAUUGUAUAUUUACACUUCCGUUUAUUGGAAGCAAUACGUUUUUGUAUAUUUAUGCAUUUUAUUAUAUAACUUAUUAAGUUUUUUGCACCCGUUGUUAAAUACCCUUUGUUUUUUAAAGAACAGUUUUGAGAAGUCAUCCGCUUAUAUUGUUUUGGUUUUUUGAAUAAAAAAUGAUAAUUUG